UUGUCUACGACUCAUUUUAUCUGUGUGCAAAAUAUUCUGGACGCGCUAUCUACCCAGAUAGCUACAUCUGAGAUGUGUGUGAGCCAACUUCACCACAUGCACGGUGACAAUCUUUCAACAUCACGGUCUUCGAGAUGUAAAGAGCAUAUUGGCUGCGGCAGGACCUUCGCAUGACCCACAUGUUAGUUCAUACAACUGAGAAAUGAUGACUUAUAAGGCAACGCGAAACAUAGACUACAUGUAUGUUUAUCAGAAUAAUCAGCCAGGAGAAGGUGUGCAACUGCCGCUAAGUAUGAGUUCGGGCCGGAAGACCGAGCAUACGGACUAUGCUGACUAACCCUCUUUAAAGUUGAAUCACUUCCAUGGCCCGGAGGUCAGGGUUUCAAAGAGAGGUCCUGAGUCUUUACAGACGGGCCCUUCGAAUGGUGCAAACCAAACCCCCGUCAACGCGAGCAAAGUUCCUCCUCUUCGUCCGGUACAACUUUCACCAAAACGCGACCAAUGUCUCGCCGAGGCAGGUUAGUGUCAUUGAGCAUCUCAUGAGGCAGGGUAGGAAGCAGAUUGAGAUGUACGAGGAUCCUUCAGUGAAGGAUUGUUGGGUGUCGAAGGAGAUGAGGGAGUGGAAUGAGCAGCGGACGUAGGCUUGUGUAGGGGAUUUCUUAUUGUACAGUCUUAUGCAGCAAUUCAACCACAGCAACGAUUGAUAUUGCUACCCUGGAGAGAACACCCAAUACAUGCUUGUGGGUCACAUACGUUUAGUUAGUUGAAAAGAGCAAAGCGACAAGAGUCUAUACAACACCCUUUUCUCUAAGCUUCUUGAUCUCGCUUUCCGAGUAUCCCAGCUCUCCCAGGACCUGCCAGCGCAUAUUUCCCAUGGCGAAAAAGUAGAUGACACAGAGAAGCACUCACCUCAUUGGUAUGUUGUGAGAGCCAUGGGGGCGGCAAACGAACAGGCAUCUU